UUCCUUCCCUUUACAUUCUCUGUCUGGGGAGUUUAUCAGAGCACGCAAAGCUGUACAUCAUUACACUCUGAGCUACAACCUCACCGCUUCACCUCCUGUGAGACACUCUCUAAAAAGGGAAAAUGGGGAAAAUUAAUGGAUGCAUCAAGUGCAUUUUUAUUUUCUUCAAUGUGCUGUUUAUGAUCCUGGGAUGUGUGCUGAUUUACAUGGCAGUAAGGGCGACUGCCAUGACUCUGCAGUUGUCAUCAUUUGGUAUGCCAGGCUUGGGCUGGGCAUGGGUUUUUGCCAUUGGUGUCCUCGGUGUCUCCUCCCUGGGAAUCUACGCUGCCUGCUCUGAGAAAGCCCUCGCUCUCAAAAUAUUUGCAGGAUUUAUGGGCAUUGGAAUGAUCAUCAUGAUGAUUUUUGGCAUUGUUGUAGCGGUCAAAAGAAACCAGAUAAAGACUAUCUUCUACAGUGCCUCUAGUGAACUAGCAGAGCCCUACAUGAAAGAACAAUCGUUGAGAGAUAUGCUUGAAGCCUUACAGCAAUCUGCGAAAUGCUGUGGAAUAGUGAGCGCUAACGACUGGGGUGAGGAAAUUCCCAGUUCCUGUGAAUGCAAUCCUUUAGAUCUGGGAUAUGGAGGAUAUGGCUCAUGCAAAACCAGACCUCAGGGAACCAGAGGCCCAUCGCAAGUCUUUGAACAGUCCUGCGGUGACGUCAUGUUUUCGUUGGUAGACAUUUUCUUCAAGAUUGCUUUGGGCUUCUUCUUUGGAUUUGCUGUGACAGCACUACUGGGCCUGCUUAUUACCAUCUUCAUGAUCCAUCAGGUCCAACGUAAUGACACUGGAGGAGGCAUUGCCAUGAAGGGCUACUGAAGAGAACCACCAUGCAGCUAUGUCCUCUGAUCAUCAACCAUUGCAUUAGGUUACCACAUGAGAACUCUCUGGUCAGGACAUCACCUCUUUUUUUUACUUUGAUUUAUGAAAAAAACUAAUGUUUGCCUUGAGAGAGAGGAAAUAGAUGGCAAUGUGGCAGGUUUUUAUUCAGGACAGAAACUGCUGCCUUUCUGUCCAGCUUUCCAAUGUACAAAGCAUAGCUUAGAAAGCAGAACAUUUUUUUUGAAAAGCUUUAUGUCUCUUAUGUGUUAUGUGAUGUUAUGCAGUAUUCUACUCAUCUUAUUUAGAGACCUUUUAAUGAAAAGAAGUUGAACCUCUAAAUCCGACUUUGUUAAACCGAGGAGGCUGAAGCUGUUGAGAAUAGUAAAAUUUUUUCUGGUUGCAUCAAAAAAAGUGAAAACUUCAACUAAACUUCACUAGAUUAAAACAGAAAACAAAAAAACAAACAAACAUCCAACUGCGUAGUUGAAAGUGUCUGGAUUGUUUGGCUGUUUUGUCCUUAAGUAUGACAUUCACUGAAGAGGUUAAAGAGUUGUUUAGCUUGAAUUGAUUUUUUUGGAUUACAUUUAAACAUGCACUGAUUUGUCCCCUGGUUAAGAAAAAAUAAGUAAAUAUGAGAAGUGAAAGACUGAUUCCUUCUGUUUCUGAGAUAGGGUCAGUAAUCUAAAUUAUUAUUACAUUCAAAUUGAAUUCAAAACCUCCUUGGGUUAAAAUGACCAAGUCAGAAUGGCACUUAAGCUGUCACCUGCCUGUGUUUGUAAAGUAAAUAGUAAAAUAGUUAACGGCCUGUAUUUGUAUAGCUGUUUGCUUAGUCCCUAAGGACCCCAAAGCACUUUACACUACAUUCAGUCAUCCACCCACUGGUGAUGGCAAGCUACAUUGUAGCCACAGCUGCCCUGGGGCGCACUGACAGAGGCGAGGCUGCCGGGCACCACCGACCACCACCAGGAGGCAACGUGUGAAAUGUCUUGCCCAAGGACACAACAACCGAAACUGUCCGAGCCAGGGCUCGAACCGGCAACCUUCCGAUUACGAAACAAACUGCAAACUCUUGAGCCACGAUCGCCCCGUAAGAAAUAUAAAGAAAUAUAAAACAAUGAAUUCAUAUAAAUUUUAAAACUGUGUUGUUGUUUUUUUGUAUGUGGGAAGCACUUGAGUCAUAGUUUAAGGUGAAAACAGUCUUUCUGUGGUUGUUCUACGUUUGAAUUGUAAAAUCAGAUUUUUCCAUUUAAGGUACACUUGUGUACUAGAAAAUGACUAAAAAAUUACUUAUCAUAAUGUCAUCUAUGGGGAUAAAAGCUAAGUGACAAACAGAAAAAUAGAUCAUCCACUGACAGAAAACUCAUCUGUCAUUAAAAUGGAAAAAAAAGAAAAUGUAUUGGCAGCACUUUCUAACAGACAGUUUUGCAUUUUGCAGUUCUGUUUCCUGCUCAUUACACAGAAACUGCCCCAGAGGUAAUUGAGUGGUAAUAAUUUAGAAAUUACCACAUUAUUACAGUCUUGUUUUGUCUUUGUUAUCCUACUAUUACCAUUUUAUUACAGAGCUGUAUUUCCAUAUUAUUACCCCCCCAGUUUUUGGACUCUUAUUAUCUUAUUAUUACAUAAUAAUACAUAAAUUUCAGGGUAAUAUUACUCAACUGUAACUAGUGUUGCUGCCAUGAUAUUACUUGUAUAUUACUUAUAUUACUUCGGUAAUUGCAUGGUAACAACUAAGAAAUUACCACAUUAUUACGCUCUUGUUUCUCCCUUGUUACCCUUCUGUCACCACUUUAAUACAGAGCUGUAAUAGAAAGUGCUACCAAUGUAUUAAAGUUAAAGAUAUAUUGUUACAGGAUUGCUAUAUGUUCUGCAUUAAUAUCAUUAAUAAAUAAACUCUAGAGACUGAAAACACAUAAUGCCUCACUCUCUUCUUUUAUAAUGUAUUUCCUCACCUCUGGCAGUAAUCAUAUCACCCUGGAAAUGUUUCA